GCAGGGGGUUAGGAAGCCGGUGUGUCCGUCUGUAAACGGCACCACCAUAGGUCGCGAUGAGCUCCGAGAUGCUCGGCGUGGGAUCAGGAGGCUCCGUCCUGUCAGGGAGCAGCCGGAAGCAGUGGCAUGAAGACAUUACUCAGGAUCUCCGAAACCACCUUGUCCAUAAAUUAGUCCAAGCCUUAUUUCCUACUCCUGACCCUGCAGCACUGAAGGAUCAACGUAUGGAGAAUCUGGUGGCAUAUGCUCGGAAAGUGGAAAGGGAUAUGUAUGAAUUGGCAAACAGCAGGGCAGAGUACUAUCACUUGCUAGCGGAGAAGAUUUAUAAGAUUCAGAAGGAGUUGGAGGAGAAACGAAGAACCAGGCUGCAGAAGCAGAACAUGAUCCCGAAUGCUCCAGGCAUGCCACAGGCUCCCAUGAAUCAAGGGCCCAACAUGGGACAGCCGCAGCCAGGGAUGUCUGCAACGCUGGAGGUUUGUUUGGAAAACCUGAACCUGGAGGACCCCUGACGCCGGGGAAAUCUCCCGAUCAAGUUGCAGGCUUGCAAGCUCCCCGGCACUGUCCCUCUGUAAUUAGGCUGUGACCCCAGUGGCAACUCGGGAUUCUCAGUAUGGUUCGCACUGAUAGCGAAGCUCCUUCGCCUGCAGAGCCCCAGGCUGUAGCCUUGUGUUAGAGCCCUGGGAUUGCCUGGAAGAGCCAUCCACGUGUAUCCAAAAAAAGGAAUGCCUUUGGAACGAACCGUUUCCAUGCCGCCUUACUUUCGCCUGCAACUAAGGCCGUCCUAUACACGGGCGAGAGGAGCUUCACGCGUUGUUGAGCCACUCACUACAAAGCCUGUAUGGAGUAGGAACAGUCAGCGCAGGCUUUUGGGGUUGUUUUUUUCUUUUUUUCACAGUAUCAACGCAGUGAAGGUGACAGAAUAAAAGGAGUAGAACAGGAAAUAGUUCUCUUACUCCAGGGGACUUGGCUUUUGCGUAAAAGAGGAUCAACGCCAGAAACGCUUCCUUCUUGGCUGCUGCUUGGCAGCGAGCUGGGGUGAGGGAUGUCGCUACCCGUAUGACUAAGACCACCCCGCUUCUCCACGGAGCAGGGGGGAAGCCAAAAGGGAGAGAAGCAUUUGUACCACCAAGAAGCUAUUCUAUAAACACGCAAAAAAUUUAAAACCCCUUGUACAGCACAGUAAGCACUUCAAGGCCUCUUUGGAAAGUUUAAUACUUUCCUUGCCAAAUAUAAUACCUCUUUAUGCGUGACACCUCCGAGACUGAUCACUUGAGGAGGCGGGGAGCAGCAGCCCUAACCGCCGAGGGUUAUUUACCGCGCCCUUCUUCCGCACGGCAGGGCGGGGGGGGGGAGAGCGGGUUCUCCUUCCUCUGC